AUGGCUUGUAGAAAUGGGGUUGCUUUCUCAUUGGUCUCUCUGGCCUUAACUUCCCUUCUAUUUGCAUCCCAAGCAAAUGCACAAGCAGCAGGCUAUGUGAGUCCAUAUUGUGUAAAAGCCUUGGACAAACCAUUUUGCUCUGAAGUUGUCAAGGUCGCUGACACGUGGCAAGAGGCAAUCACAGAAGUGCUAUCAGAGACAAUUAUGCAAUCCACAUUGGCAGAACCAAUUAUGGCUAGUUUAUUAAAGACAUUGCCUUCUACAACUGAUGCAAAAUUAAAAGAUGACAUUGGAAGUGGCUGCAGAAAGUCAUAUAAUGAUGCACUUCAAACAUUGAAAGAGGUUGAAGAGUUAUUAAAAACAGGUGACAAGACUAAAAGUGCAAACACCAAAUUAUCAGCAGCAAUGUCAAGAUUGGAUGAUUGUGAAGAUGAAUUCAAGAAAAUACCAAUGCCAACUGAAUUUGCAACAUUUUAUCAAGGUAGUAAGAAAUUGCUUAGCACUUGCUUGGCUGUUGAAAGAACCAGGCCUGAUCUUGUUUAA